AUGCCAAAACUAAAUAAACGUCGGUCUGCAAGACGUAUUUAUGCACGGAAGCGUUGGUAUGAUCAACAAAUGUCAUCAGAAGAUGAGAGUGUAUCGGAAGAAGAUGUUACAUCGGAUGCAUAUGAUGAAGCUGAAUUUAUUCGUUUUGCUGAUAAGAUGAAAAUCGAUGAUAUUGGAGAUUUGUUCGAAUUAAUUAAGGACAAAAUAGGCUUAAAACUUAGUAGUGUUUUAUUAUAUAUGACUCUUCGUUAUUUUGGUAUAAGUUGGCUUAAAUGUGAUGAUUUUUUUAAGAAGAUAGGUGGACUAAAGACUGAAACUGCAAACAAAUGGGCUACUAUUUUUUUAUCAGGCAGUUUUAAUGCAUUUAUUAGCGAAGGUCGAGGUGGAAAACAAAUUCCCAGUUUUUAUGAUGUAUUUCCUGAUAUUGAAUCAUCAGCUAAAAAUUAUUCUGUUCAACGAUGCGCUGCAAAAGCUGCUGAUUUUGAUGCAUUUGAACUAGCGAAAUUUAUAGAUGAACAAUUUUAUACGUUAACUGGUAUUAAAAAAGAUUUUGAUGAUUCAUUGAUUCGUUCAGUUAAAUCCUGCCGUCUGGAUCUUCGAAGAUGGGGCGCUCGUUUUGAAUCUAAUUCACAACGUCCCUACUUCGAAGGUCACGAACGACAAGAUGUAGUGCAACACCGUACAACAUUUUUACAAUAUUUUCUUCCAAAAAAACAUUCAUAUUACUUAAUAAGUGAUGAUAUGCAGCCAAAAUGGCAAAUACCCACAGCUGGGACACCAACUAUUCUGAUCUUUCAAGAUGAGAGCACCUUCCGAAGCGGUGAGGUGUCAGCUAAACGGUGGUUAUAUGAUAAUCAGGCCCCAUUUUAUUCCAAAGGACGUGGGAGAUCUAAUAUGUUAUCCGACAUUGCCGUCUUGUUUCCGUACCACUAUCAAACAUGGACUGAAGAAGAAAAAUGA